AUGGACAGCGUCAUCUGCACCAGUAAAUUAGGUGCACUGAUGUUGAGAGAACUCCGACAGAAACCUCUGAAUAAAGAUCAGUGUCCUGGAGACAGGCCAGAGCAGCCCGAGGCAGGAGGCAUUUAUCACUGCCACAGCAGCUUCAAGGCCACAGAGAACAGGGCAAGCAAGCAGGUGCCUGCCAAGAGGAGACUCUGUGCUGCGUCAGCAAUAUGCUUCGUCUUCAUGGUGGCGGAGGUGGUUGGUGGACAUGUUGCUGGGAGUCUUGCUGUCCUGACAGAUGCUGCUCACCUCUUAAUUGACCUGACCAGUUUCCUGCUCAGCCUCUUCUCUUUAUGGUUGUCAUCUCGGCCUCCCUCCAAGCAGCUGACCUUUGGGUGGUACCGAGCAGAGAUCCUUGGUGCCCUGCUGUCUGUCCUUUGCAUCUGGGUAGUGACUGGUGUGCUGGUUUACCUUGCCUGUGAGCGUCUAUUGUAUCCUGAUUACGAGAUCCAAGCAAGCAUCAUGAUCACUGUUUCAGGCUGUGCAGUGGCAGCCAACAUUGUACUCACUGCAAUUUUGCACCAACGGCACCUUGGCCACAACCACAAGGAUGAACAAGCUAACGCUAGUGUCAGAGCAGCCUUUGUGCAUGCCCUUGGGGAUGUAUUUCAGAGCAUCAGUGUGCUAAUUAGUGCUCUCAUCAUCUACUUUAAGCCAGACUACAAAAUUGCUGAUCCAGUGUGUACAUUUAUCUUUUCCAUCCUGGUUUUGGUCAGUACCAUCAUGAUCUUAAAAGACUUCUCCAUCUUACUCAUGGAAGGUGUUCCAAAAGGCCUGAGUUACAACAGCGUGAAAGAGCUCAUCCUCAAAGUCGAUGGCGUGAUGUCUGUGCACAAUCUGCACAUCUGGUCGCUUACAGUGAACCAAGUGAUUCUCUCUGUUCAUGUGGCUACAGCUGCCAGCAAGGACAGCCAGUCUGUGAGGACAGGGAUUGCUUGUGCCCUCAGCAGGAGCUUUGACCUGUACUCCCUCACCAUUCAGAUAGAGUCUGAAGCAGACCAGGACCCCAGCUGCCUUUUGUGUGAAGAUCCACAGGACUAGCUGGGUCACACUGCCAGCUUCUGUGUUUCAGAGGCCAUGACAAGCUGCUGCAAAGUUUCUGUAACACACAAUUAAGCAAUCCGCGGCAUAGGUAGGAACGAGUUAUGACAGUGUAAAGUGUGUGUUCUUCCUUCUUAUUUAUCUCCAUCCGGAAUAAUGAAGAUGCACAAGACUCAUCAGUUUCUUGGAUUAUAUCAUAAUUAGUAGUUGUGUCCAAUUAUGGGAAUGCACAUAUUCAUUACUCCUAACUGGGGGAAGAAACAGCAGAUGUUUGCAACCACAGGUAAUAAAUGGUUCACUUCCCUACA